GUGAUUUUGAGUCUAUGGACAUCCCUUUUCAGUCGCACAUGAGGACGGAUGAUGUGUGCUGCAGACUGCUGUGAGAUCCACUGAGAUUUUAAGCUGUAAAUAUGAUUCAUAAAAUGAAGGCUUCAGAUUUCAGAUGGCUGGUGUUUCUGGCCAUAACAAUAGAUUUCUCCUGCUCAGCAAAGCUCUUUGAAACACUUGACACACACCUGAGAGCCAAAGAAGGAUCAUGCAUUGAAAUUAGAUGUAUAGGCUAUGCGACUCAAAUCAGAGCAAAUGAAGGAAAUGCAGUCUGGUCCUGGAUGAAAGAUGCAAAGUAUCACAAGGCAAACAGGAGUUUUACUGGCACUGUCAUUUAUAGCACCACACCAAAAUAUCCUGUCAGUCUGGAGUUUGAAGGCAGAGUGGAAUACCUUGGCUCUCUAAGUUUUGGCAGACAAUCACAAAAUAUUUGUGGUAUCAAGAUCAACAACCUGAAGAAAACAGACAGCGGAAACUAUUCUUUCAAAUAUGAAGGGACACACACCUGGAUGACUAAACCUAUGGUGAACCUUACAGUUGAAGAAAAUCCAUGCAAGAUCACAUUUGAAAAGCCACCUACAGUAAAGGAGUCCGAUCCUGUAACCCUCCAGUGUUCCACAUCAAGUUCUUGUCAUUCCAGCCCAGAAAUUAAAGAGCUCCAAUCACAUUAUCAACAGGACUAUGACGAAAACCUUAAAGUCAGCAGAGUCAGCUUUUUCACUAACUGGGAGGAUGAUGGGAGGAUGUUCACAUGUCAGUUGCAAGAUGAGAAAGACAACUGUCCAGCUCAGAGCAUCCAUCUAACUGUGGAGCAUUCGCCUCGAAGUACAGAGGCUAGGAAAAGCCCUGAGGAUGUCAAGGAAGGAGAUGUUGUAACUCUCACUUGCUCCACUAGAGGGCGUCCUGACCCCACAUUUUCCUGGUUUAAAGACGGAACUGAGGCCACUGUUAUAGGAGCAGAGUGGAAAAUUAAUUCCAUUACAGCUUCAGAGAGCGGGACAUACCACUGUGUAGCUACAAACAAUUACGGGAGUCAACAAUCAGAUGCGAUCCACAUUGAAGUGAAAUAUCCUCCAAGUGGUGUUACAGUAGAGACGAAUAAACGCUCUGAAAUUACAGAGGAAGACGACAUCGUGUUGACUUGUGCAGUGAGCAGAAGCAACCCAGAACCUCACUCCUUCAGAUGGUACCAAAACAACAACAGAGUUGGAGAGGGAAAGACAUAUGAAAUUAAGCAGAUCCAGCCUGAGAGAAGUGGAUCUUACACGUGUGAAGCAACUAACAGUGUGGGUGCUGCCAGGUCUCAGCCAUAUCAAAUCAAUGUUCUGUACGCUCCAAGGAACGCUGUGGUUUCCAGAAAUGAUGUUGGUGGUGAUUCUGUGAAAAUCAGAAAGUCCGUCAGUCUAACCUGCAACACUGAGGCCUUUCCUGAGCCACAUACUUACAGCUGGUACAGCAAUAGUCACCACAAGCUCUCACACUCUCAGAAGGACCUUCGUAUUGACCGUGUAGACAGAGAAGAUCAUGGAUGUUACAUUUGCAGCGCCACCAACGUCAUCGGGUCAGGGACCAACAGUAGCGCUUUAUGCAUCAAAGUACUCUUCCCUCCCACCAAACCUAUACUGUCGAUGCCUGCUGAGGCCACAGAAGGUCAGAAUAUCACCAUCAGCUGCACCACUGAAAGCUUCCCAUUGGCACAGCUCACUUUGUCACAGAUCAACUCAAACAGUCAUUUUUCCUCAACGAAUUCCUUACCCAUCUCCGACAAUGUCAGGACACUCAAUGCCUCAUUUGAAGUAACUCCAGACCACGCAGGCCGGUACCUCUGCAAUGCCAUAAACUCUGAGGGUUCUGACAGCACAGACAAGGAGCUGGUGGUGAAAUAUCCUCCAAGUGGUGUUACAGUAAAGACGAAUAGGCACUCUGAAAUUACAGAGGGAGACGACAUCGUGUUGACUUGUGCAGUGAGCAGAAGCAACCCAGAACCUCACUCCUUCAGAUGGUACCAAAACAACAACAUGGUCGGAGAGGGAAAGACAUAUGAAAUUAAGCAGAUCCAGCCUGAGAGGAGUGGAUCCUACACAUGUGAAGCAGCUAACAGUGUGGGUGCUGCCAGGUCUCAGCCGUAUCAAAUCAACGUUGGGCCACCAUCUGAGGAUAACACAUCACAGCUCUACAGUUCAGAUGCUUUUGUAGGCGACUCAGCAGAAAACACCAGUUCAUCGACCUCAGUCUCACAGCGAGAGGAGCUCAUGAAGUCAAGCACUCUUUCCACCUCAGCCCACGAUGGUCGGUCAAGUCAAAGCAAAGCUGUAGAGAAGAGUGUGGAGGACAGAAUCCUGGACAUCAUCCAGGAGUCAGUAGCCAACCAGCUCCACCUGGACUUCGGAGCAACACACUCUUCAGCCCGAGCCCGACUCCUCACCUGCCGGCCAGCCAUCUACUCCAAAUGA